UUGUUUAUUCCAGUACCCGUUUAUUAGUCCCUUUGCUGCACCACUGAAUUUCGUGUGCGCCUUAGUAAGUGACUUUUCUGAAAUAUUGUAUCAUAUAUCUCGAAAAGAACGAGUUGUUGUUGCUUAGGCAGACAACAUAAAGGAUAAACUUCUAGAUAAGUGGAAUGCACCUCUCUUCGUCAUGGUGAAUGUUAUGAAAGGAUCGUUCAUCACAUGCGACCCUGCUAUGAAACAGUUCCUUCUGCAUUUGGACGAGACUCUAGCACUUGGAAAGAAGUUCAUCAUCCAGGAUUUAGACGAGACCCACCUGUUCGUUGCAAGCGAAAUCGUUGAAGUCCUCCGCAGCCGCGUUGACGAUUUGAUGGACCAGAUCAGUUACACUGAAAAGUUGAUGUAA